CAAAAGCCCAUGCUGUAUUGCCAAGAGACGACCUGUGUUGGCCCUGGAUGGGUCGAGAUUCAUAGAGUCAAGGGCCAUCUCCACAGGCGACAUGCUCUGCCGCCCCAGUGCCCCCGCUGUUGGGAGGUUUUCGCGACCGACAACCUUCGCGAUACUCAUCUCCAGAAUGAUCCUCCAUGUCCGAAGCCAGAGAAUGACACACCCCUCGAUGGAUUCACGCCGGCACACAGGAAGAAAACAGAUACGAACAUGACUGAUGCCGGAAAAUGGAGAGAGAUUUAUACCAUCCUCUUUCCUGAUGACGAUGCAGCAACAAUACCAAACCCUUACCACGAAGAAGUGGACUUCGGCCAGUGUGGGCAAUCUGGGUCCAAUACCCCCACAAACUUUGCUGGUUUUGUUCGCAGAGAGUUUCUGAGACUCGUGCGCCACGAACUUGAUAUUCUCUUCCAAUCCGAGUUUCAAGACGUUGAGGAGAGACUUCGGCCACGAGUCCGGGAUAUUGUGUUCCGCCUCCAGACCAGAAUUAUCACCAUUUACGAACGGGAGACGAUGAAGACAAGGCCGAGUAGGGAGGGUGGUAUUGGAUCUCCGGCCGUGUCUGGGUUGAUAGGAGAGAUGGAGGAACGCGCCGAGCCUGAACAAGCCACUGUGGGGCAAGCAACGAUGCAAAUGUUAACCCGAGCUCCGAGAGUCUCCAACUUCAACGACGAGCUAGCUCCUGUUCCCUGGGGGGGGGGGCCCUUACCUUCUAAAUCUGCUUUGUUCGAGUUCAACUUUGACUGGAGUGCGCCGCUUGACGGGCUGUUUAACGAUCCUGCACUCAAUCAGUUUACUUCAUCCCAACAGGACAUGUGGCGCUGGGACGGAAUGCCGGUAACAUAACUGUUACAAAGGACACUCAGCGGCGGUUGAAGGAGACAAGUAUUCUAUAUUUUACUUACUCGGUAAUUGCAUUGGAUUGGCGUUUAUGGGAGGUGGUG